AUGGCGGAACCCUCGACGGCUUCCCAGUCGACGGACGACGAGGAGUUCUUGACCCCGACUGAGGUAAUUUUAGGAAAAAAAUAUAGAGAAAAGGGGGAUUUUCAAAGAAAAAUUCUCCCAUGAAAAAAAUAAAAAAAUAAAAAUAAAAAAAUAUGACCCUUUUUGAACAAAUUUUUCGAAAUUUUAGCUUUUUCCUGAUAUUGCUGUUUCAGAAAUUCGAUAUAACCCAAUAACAAAAGAUAAUUUUCGUUUCUGCGCAGUGUCACUUUUCAAUUUAUCGUUUCAUUGAAAAAUUUUGAAUUUCGCGCCAUUGGAAUUGAAUUUUUCAAAAAACAAAAGUUUGAAAAAAAAUUAUUUCUCAAAACUUUGGCAAAACAUGAAAAUCGCGAUUAAAAAAAAUUUUUCCAAAAUUUUGAAUUCUGACUUUGACGCCCGUUAGCCGUAGAGCGCACUUGUCCAACGGUCUUUUUUCUAUUUUUCCCAUUGCGUGAGGCUUUUCAAAUGUCAGUACUUUCGAAAUUCCGUUGAGAAUGAUUUCCCGAAUUACGCAAGCUUGGAAUUUUGGUGAAAAAGGCUCCUACAGCGAGAUGGCGACUUUCAUGCGUAUUUUUGGGUAAAUUUGAAUUUUUGCGCUUAAAAGUUGAAAAUUAUGGGUUUUAAGAUCAUAGGCGAAAUUGGAAAGAGUCGAAAAGGCGAAGUGUUCCUUUUAGGGUGACAAAGGAACCUUUUUUGCUGCCUUUUUGCUCCAUUUAUGGGCUGUUAUGCACCAUUUUUGCUGCCUCUCCUUUUUUCACCAUUUCGUGAACCUUCAAAAUCCAAGAAAAAUGGAAGACUCGAUAAAGGGGCCCUUUUGCUGCCCUUUUGCGACCUUUUUGGGCCCUUUUUGCGGCCUUUUUUCUUCUUGUUCUGCUCCCUUUUUGCUCCCUUUCUGCUCCCUUUUUGCUGCCUUUCUGCACCCUUUCUGCAGCUUUUUUGCUGUCUUUUUACACCCUUUUUUCAGCCUUUUUGGGCUCUUUCUGUGCCUUUUUGCAGCCUUUCUGUUGCCUUUUUGUGGCCUUUUUGCUGUCUUUUCGCAACCCUUUUGCUGCCUUUUUUCAGCCUUUUUGUGGCCUUUUUUGAACCUCUCCCUUUUAGCGACCAUAAUUCAACAUUCCAACAUUGGGAUCUUUAACUUGUGAAAGAUAUAUCCGCGACUUUUGAACCGCCCAUGAAUUGAUGAAAAUUAGGUGAUCCGACGGAUGACGGUCGCGUGGCAGAACGAACUGGCGGCGCCGUGUCUGAUGCCGACGGAGAUGGACCUCGUCGACAUCCUCCUCGACCAGAUCAAGGGCAUGGAGGAGAACAUCGCGCGGCAGCAAGAGAAAGUAACUUUACAGUUUCUACAAGGGAUCAAAAGAAUAAUGAAAAGAGAAAGAAAUGAUGUGUCCCGAUUCAAUUACAGGAAAAAUAAUUUUAUUUGCGGUUAGGAAUUUUUUCGAAAACGCCCUGACCGCAUGUGGAAUGGCUCGAGGCGUUGCGGUUGCGAAGCGGUUCCAAUCAGUCACUCUUAGAUAGCCUCUAGCGCAAGUCGUUUUCAGUCGGGCGCUGCUUUUUUUUUGAAGGAGCUGUUGCUUGUCGAACCAUUCCACGUAUAGCCUUACAAGAAAGGAGUUUUCGUUAAAACGCCCUGACCGCACGUGGAAUGGCUCGAAGCGUCGCGGUUCCGAAGCGGUUCCAUCAGAUACUCUAAGAUACCCUUCAGCGCAAGUCGUUUUCAGUCGGGUGCUGCUUUGUUUUAGAAGGAGCUGUUGCUUGUUGAACCAUUCCACGUAUAGCCUUACAAGGAAGGGAUUUUUUUCGAAAACGCCCUGGCCGCACGUGGAAUGGCUCGAAGCGUCGCGGUUGCGAAGCGGUUCCAAUCAGAUACUCUAAGAUAGCCUUUCGCGCAAGUCGGUUCAAGUCGGGCGCUGUUUUUAUGUUUGAAGCAGUUGAAAACGGCGUGUUAUUUUAGGUUUUCCGAUCAAAAAACAAGAAUGUUCCACAAAAAUGGUUAUAAAUAUUUUUUCGUUCUCCAGGUCCAACUGAAAAUCUCGCUCCACCGGAUGGAGCUUCAAAGGAUCAGCUACAUGACGUCGGAUUACGUCCGAGCAAGACUUCUGAAAAUCGAAGCCAAUCCGAGACGUGUACUCGCUGAGCAUGAGCGACGGGUUGCUGAAGGUGAGUCGGAAAAUUGAAAAAAAUCUCUGGUCAUAAAAAAAUUUGAGUUAAUCCUCUAAAGUUACACCUUUUUUCGCUAUAUAUUUGAAGUCUUCUUCCCCCCUCCCCCCACAUUUUUUUUUAUAAAAAUUGAUAUUUUGAAGGUUCUUCCUUAUCUUUCGAGUCCGAAGUUAUAAUCCUUAAAAUCCAGUUUCAGGGUUUUUUCAAAGCCUAUUAAAAUUAAAUUUUCGAAGUUCGUGGAAAUUUUAGCCAUUUUUAGUACAAAAAUCUUUUCAGGACGAGAAAUUAUGUUACCGUACCCGGCUUACUGUAGUCAAGUUUUUAAUCCGGUAUCUAGAGACUUUAGAGUUUUUUCAUAGGCAUAGUGUAUAUCAAUCGAUAGGAAUGCCAUUUCAGGAACUUUUACAGUACUUAGCAUAAAGGGUUACUGUAGAAUUUAUUGAGAUACGGUACUUUUUGUGUCUGCAGUACCUGAAAUUUUACCUCAAGAAGGAGCUCUCCUUGACCCUUAAGAGGUCACUAGUACUCUUCCUCGUGUUUCCGAAAGAGUUUCCAAAAAAAGGAUUUGGAAUCCCUCCUCCCCCCUCUUCAUCAUUAGUGAUUUUUUUAAUGGUUUCAAAAAUAAGGUAAAGUUUUUCAGCCCCCUUCUUCAUCAUUAUCUAAGUACUCAACCCCCCUUCUCCUUUCGCUGUUCAUGAAUGCAGUCCCCCCUUUCAUUCAUUAUCACUUCCCCCCCUUCAUCAUUAGUGAUUUUUUUAAUGGUUUCAAAAAUAAGGUAAAGUACUCAGCCCCCCAAAAAAAUUACAAGUUUUUUUAGUUUACUUAUCCACAGGUGCUCUAUCAGUCUCCUCCAGUAAUUUGAUAUUUCCAUGUAUUAGGUGUCUGGAGGUUGUUUAUAACAAAAGGUUCAAGGAAAUACGGUAGCAACGGUAACGAGAUAUCGGUCAUCACCUGGAAAUUACGUCAGCCGAUAAUGAAGAGGUCAAUCCGCCACUUGUUGCAGACACGUGUAAAUGAUCCAAGGAUAUCGGGUUUCCUUGGAGGAAAAGCUCGAAAAAUAAAUGGAAACUGUAUUUUUAUUGCUGUUCUCACUAACUCGUGGGAAAAAUUUUAGCAGGAAUAGUUGAAUAACUUUUUUAAAAAUUCUAAGAAAGUUUUUUGGGUUGAGUUUUGAGAAAAGGGCUUGAAAGGAACAAAAAAUGACCUUUUAGGACUUUUUUGAAAAUUUUCCAUUCAUUGCUAGCUUAUGGAAAAAGUACUAUGAACACCUUUAAACCUCUUUUUUUCUUGCGUUAUAUUUUUUUCUUGGAAAGGCUUCAAUUCCACCUCCCGCCAGAGGUAAGAGGACCAUGUAGAAAAUAUAAAAAAAGUUCGAAUUUUCUUGAAAAUUGCUCAUUUUUCAUCUGGAUUCUUGGAAAAGGACUAAAAAUGAUUUUCUUCGACUUUUUCGAAAAUAGUCCAUUCAUUGCUAGCUUAUGGAAAAAUACUAAAAAAGCGUCUAAACCUCUCAUUUUUGCACUAUAUUCAAAUUUUCUUGUAAAGGCUUGACGCGAAAGGUAAGAAUACCAUGUACAAAUUGUGGGAAAUUCAAAUUUUUUCGAAGUUUACGCAUUUGUCAACUAAAUUCGAUCCGAUUUUGUACCGAAAUGUUCCAAAAGUAGUUUUCGAAGCGUUUCUGAUCUUGAUGAAAAGAAAAAUCUGAGGAUUCUGUCAAAAAUUAAGAAAAAAUGCUUCUAAAAACCAACUGGGUUAAAAUUUGGGGAAAGUGAUUUGAAAAAACUAAUUUUUAUGCAAGUCCAUUCAUAGCUAGCUUAUGAAAAAAAGGCUGCAAAACGUCAUAAUCAUUUUUUUUCAAUAUAAUCAAAUUUUCAUGUAAAAAAACUUGAAUUUGACUUCCGCCAUAGGUAAGAGGACCAUGUAGAAAAAACAGAUAAGGCAGAUUUUUCCCGAAAAAUGAACAUAUCUCAUUAAAAAUGAUUCGAUUUUGUAUCGAAAUGAUUCAAACGGUGGUUUUCCAGGCCUUUCUGCCUUGUUGGACGAUAAUGAGCUGGAGUUCACCAAGAAUUUUGUCAACGCCGAGGCUCAGCUCCUUGGGAAAACUGUUCUAGGUUCAUUUCUCAAAAAAAUAGAAAAAAAUUCAUUCAGGAUUCAUGCCGACGGCCCUGCAGAAAAAUCCCGGUUCCUCAGGGAAGACUUAGAGAUCGAAUGUGUUCGUUUUCCCAAAAAAAAAUAGAAUAAAUGGGAUUUUUUAGGUCUACGUGAAGGUUGUGGAAGAGGAUGUGGGCGAAAUCGUUCUCCAGGAUAAUUUGGACCCCAAUUCGGAGGUAAAAAAGAUAAUUACACUUGAAGUUGAAAUAAAUGGCUCUUAUGAAACAGUUUUCCGAGUUUUUAUCAAUUUUUUUGAUGUCAAAUAUUUUUUGCAGUUCUGAAACCACAGUUUCUGUUGAAUUUUAAACGAAAAUGAGACAAAAACGUGAUUUUUGACGUCGAAAUAGCCAGAUAUCUGACUUGAAGGAGGUUUGCGCUUUCCGGGCUAGCCCGCCCGUUUGUGUUUGGAGUCUUGCUGAAAGACCGGGUCGGCCCUCGCACAGCCCUGUUCAAGUUUCAAUUGAAAAAAAGAGCCAAAACGUGUUUCUUGACGUCAAACAGCCUGAUAUUUAACCUAAGGAAAGUUUUUGCUUUUCGGGCCGGCCCGCCCGUUUCUGUUCAAUGAAACCUGGCUAAAUGGCCUAUAGGGCUUGCCCUGACACAUGCCUGCUCUAAUUUUAAGUCGAAAAAGAGCUCAAAACCGGAUUUUUCAAUGUAAAAACUCAGAUAUUUGACCUGAACAAAGUUUGCACUUUUCGGGCCGGCCCGCCCGUUUUUGAGCUAUGCCCGGGCCAAGCUGGACUUGAAAAAUGGCCGGAGAUGCGAAUAGAGCGACGGGCCAGCCCUCUUUGAUUCUUGACGCCGGGAAGCCUGAGAAAAAAGGAGAAUUGGCCGUUCGGGCUGGACCGCCCUCUUUUCGUGGUUUGGCCGGGCCGAAACGGGCUUAGAAAAGGACCAAAGGGCCGAUAGGGUGACGGCUCAGCCCUCUUUGAUUUUUGACGCCGGGAAGACUGAGAAUAAGAAGAAUUGGUCGUUCGGGCGGGAUCGCCCGUUGUUGGGCUUUUGUCGGGCCGAAGCGGGCUUAGAAAAUGUCCGAAAGGCCGACAGGGUGACGGGCCGGAUAAUUAAGAAAAAAAAAUGGUCGUUCGGGCUGGACCGCCCGUUUUUUUUUUCUGUAGCCGGCCCUCUUUGAUCCUUAACGUCAAAAAACUGAAAAAAUUUGUGCCUUUCGGGCUGGGCUCAAAAAAUGACUGGAGGGCAGAUAGGGUCGCGGGCCGGCCCUAGAACAGCUUUUAGCCUGACGGCUGUUUUUUCACUAAAUAUACUAUUUUUGAACGUUUUCAGCACGUGAUCGCUCUGAAUAAAGACGAGAUUCAUCUGAUUCCGUUCGUGCCGAUCCGACAUCUCGUCGAACAGGGAAAACUCCAACUUCUCUGA